GAUUGAACCGAUGGUGGUCCCAGGAGUGGAAUUUGAGCCAAUGCUGAUCCCACAUCAUAAAGGCAGGAAGCGAAUGCACUUAGAAUUGAGAGAGGGCUUGACCAGAAUGAGUAUGGACCUUAAGAACAACUUGCUAGGUUCACUGCGGAUGGCCUGGAAGUCUUUCACCAGAGCUCCAUACCCUGCCUUACAGGCUUCAGAAACUACAGAAGAAACUGAAGCAGAAUCUGAAUCAAGUUCAGAGAAGCUGAGUGAUGUUAACACAGAAGAGACCCCUGUGGCAGUUAAAGAAGAAGUCCCACCCAUCAAUGUGGGAAUGCUGAAUGGAGGCCAGCGCAUUGACUAUGUGCUACAAGAGAAGCCCAUUGAAAGUUUUAAUGAAUAUUUAUUUGCUUUACAAAGCCAUCUGUGCUACUG